AUGUCCUCUCAGCUUCUACAGACGGAACUCUUGAACCUAAUUCAAGAGUCCAAGAGAAAGAAUUCUGACCUCCGCCAUGCCGCCGAAGCGUCUCUCAACGAGCUGAAGGCUUUGCCCUCCACUUCGGAGUCUCAAAUCGCUGCCGAUCUGGUACGCAAACCUAAAUUUGUCGAUCCAUUCAUCUUAGCUUGCCAUACGCGUCAUGCAAAGCUCGCGGGCAUUGGAGUUGUUUGCCUGCAAAGGCUGGUGGCAUCCCGAGCGCUACCAUCUGAGAGACUAAAAGAUGUCCUUGGUGGGUUAAAGGAAACAACGAGUCUGAGUUUGGAUAUACAACUCAAAAUUCUACAAUCUUUACCUUCUCUGCUACAGCAUUACUCAAAUGACUUAGGCGGGGAGCUUCUUGUAACCACAUUAGAGAUCUGUGCCACUCUACAAGCAAGCAAGACCCUUGCACUUUCCAGUACAGCAGCGGCUACCUUGCAACAACUAAUUGUAUCGACAUUUGAGCGAGUCCUCAUUGAAGACAAAACUCCCCAGGAGUCCCGGCCGAAGGUAACCGUCAAAAUUGAUGGAAACCCUGUAAAUAUCGGAUACUUUGCGUACGAUGCCUUACGAGUCUUGGACGAUCUUUGCCGACUUGCGGAUGGCGAGCAGCUGCAAUUCCUACGCAUCAAGUCACUAUCUCCAACAUUCACACUAGAACUCAUCGAAAGUGUUCUGGUCAAUAGUGGCCGUCUCUUUGUUGGCCAUGCCGAGCUUGCGCAUGUGCUGCGAACCCGGCUUAUGCCAAUGACUGUGAGAUACUUAUCCGAAAGGCAUUCUUUCGCUCAGACUAUUCGAGUUGCUCGGAUUCUCCUCGUCCUCCUCAAGCGUCAUAUGUCUCUUCUUCCCGCGGAAUGUGAGAUGGCUCUUGGCUUGUUGACACACCUUCUCGAACCUGAUGGAAGUCUGCCAUGGAAGCGCGUCCUGUGCAUGGAAGUUUUCCGAGGACUUUAUGCCGAGCCUGGUUUAGUCCGAAUUAUCUACUCACUGUACGAUGGUGACGAGCGGAGGAAGAAUAUCCUCAAAGAACACAUGGCUGCUCUCGUUCGCUUGGCAUCUGAGAAACCGUCGUUGAUUGGCGUUAGCAGUCGAUCAACUGUGCCUUCAAAGGCCGCACACUCGAGGUCCAUUACUGAAGAACAGAUCACUCUUGAAGCGGGUGGUGUCGCUGGCGUGAUUGGAACGUCAGUAUCAUCUACUGACACAAAUGUUCCAGGAAUUAGUAGUCAGUGGAGUAUAGUUCGUACGCCUUACAUGGAGCUGCUCGACAAGACUGAUCCUCCACCGCCUCCCGACACUUAUAUUUAUAGCCUUGUGCUCAAUUGCAUUUCUUCGUUCGCAGAAGGCCUUGCCAAGUUCAUCCUUCCCCUGACGGUGCCCGAUCUGAAACAAAAACGGAGAAGUCGGCUUGGAAACCCAGACCAAAAUGCGGAUUCUCCUAGACCCUCGCAUGACCUUCAGAGGACGAACUCGUCAAAAAGUGCUCACAGGCUGAAUAAUAAGAAAUCACCUGUGCCGCUUAAUCCUUUGGACUUGGAAUCUCAUUCUCAAUUUCCGGCAAUCAAGACUUGUGCCGGAAUAAUCGAGAAUUGCUGGCCUGCUGUCCUUGCAGCAUGCUCCACCUUCUUGUAUGCUUCGCUAGAUGACGACUUUUACCAUAACCUGGUUCGAUCGUUUCAGAAACUAGCCCAUGUUGCUGGCCUUCUUAGAUUAUCUACACCUAGGGAUGCCUUCCUGACAACUCUUGGAAAGGCUGCUAUGCCAGUGGAUGCAAGCGGCUUGGCCCCAUCGGUCGUCGCAUCUGCUCCCCACCAUAUGCAUACGGCAGAGGAGAAAAGGAAAAGCCGAGAUAUGUCCCUCGCGUCCCCAGUGUCUGAGGCACCGCCGGAUGCCCCAUCGGUAUCUAUCAGCACGAGGAAUCUGUUAUGUCUGCGUGCGCUACUGAACUUGGGAAUUGCUCUAGGGCCUACUUUAGACCAGCCGGCCUGGUCUAUAAUUCUCGGUACGCUGCAGGAUACAGGCUUGUUGACAAAUGCAUAUUCAACCGGAUCUGAAGCUCCAGGCGCGCUUGAUGGUUCGAAGGUUAGCCUUGGGGGCGAGAUCAUUGCUGUUCAAACAGCCUCUGCUAAAAUGCUUGAGAGCACGAGUGAAUACCCGAAUGAUUCAUUCCGAGAGCUCUUAAUUGCACUCUUGGAUCUUUCUGAAGCAACGGAGGUGCCCCAAUCAGGAGAGACAUCUGAGAAGACAACUGAUAGUGUUCAGUCGGCACAGCUCCGACCCGGUUUUGUGCGCAGAAGCACCCGUCGUGUUUCACUAGUCGUGGGAAAAUCCAAGGCCCAAGAUGAAGAACUAAAGUUUGUCUUGGACAAAGCGGGUGAGCUAUCAAGGGCAAAUUUAGAACGAUUGUCAUCACUAGUUGAGAGCGAUCACGAAGCUUGGCAAAUACUGACGCAAAGACUUAUGUUGACUGCGGCGGAUGUAUCGAUUAGCCAAAACCUCCGGUUACGAGCCAACGAUGUACUGAAUACUCUUGUAUUCCAAACUAUGAAGCAGAUGGGCAGCGAUGAUGACCAAGCGCGUAACUCUCGGCAGAUGAGGAACCUCGAAACGUUGAGGGACCAGAUCCACAUUCUCUAUGACAAAAGUGCUUGCUCACUUGGAUCACCGUCUCCUCCUGUUACUGAGAUCCACGAACAAAGCCUGGAGACCCUAAAAAAUAUCCUAGAACAAUAUGCGGAAACCUUCGCUGGCGGCUGGGCCGUCGUAUUUGACCUUAUUUCUAGCGUGUUUGGGCAUUGCUCAGUGAAAGAAAAAACAGAGAUUGGGGCUGCUGGCAAAGACCGCAGAACUACUUUAGUUGCAGACUCGCAUCGUCUUAUCCGAGUUGCUUAUAAGUCCCUGCAGCUAAUUGCCUCUGACUUCAUUGCGCUACUUCCGCAGCCCUGCCGCUUGGAACUUGUGGAAUCAUUUUCAAAAUUUGCUCUACAGCAACAAGAUUUCAACAUAUCAUUGACUACGACCUCGUCGUUCUGGAAUGUUUCUGAUUUCCUUCAGGGACAAAUCGACAACUUUUCCAUUGAGUCUCGAGUCGAUGCCUCCGUAAGGGAAGAGGUACUCGUGGAACUGGCUAACGGCGAUGACUCCUCCAUCUCCAGGAAUGCACUGUGGCUUUUACUUCUCUUAAGAAUUGUAGAUCUCUCAACAGAUAAUCGCGCUGAAAUUCGAAACUGUGCAGUUCAAACUCUUUUGAGAAUUUUCGAUGCUUAUGGCCAACAACUAUCUCCUAAAGCAUGGCGUCUAUGUCUCAAUCGCGUGUUAUUCCGGAUGACGGAAGAGAUUGAACUGGGCUUGGAAGAAGUACGGGGCCGAUGCACCAAGAAAGAGUCCGACGAACUCAAGUCAUGGGUGGAAACGUUUGUUGUUACCAUCAAAGGACUGUCUGACCUCAUCACGAACUUUUUCGAAGCAAUCAUUCGAGACGAGGAGUUCGAUCAAUCCUGGGGACGGCUCCUGGCUUACUUGAAGAAGCUAACCGCCUUGCAGAUAUUAGACCUCAGUGAAGCGGUGUAUCUAAGUCUGUCUAGUGUUCUAGUUCGUGUGCAGGGUCCAGAUAUGUUUAGCAAAUCGUCCCUGCAAUCUACCUGGGCCCUGUGGCUGAGUGGCCACCCUGCUGAUAGGGAAGAUCUGCUGGACCUGGAUCGUUCGAAUCAAGCUGCCGCAAUCGCCUAUCUACAGUCCUUUAAGGAAGUGUAUCGUUUAUAUAAGGAUGACCUGACAAGCGAUGAUAUUGGCAAGAUCCUCCACAAUAUGCGGCAUCUUGCUUGGAACUCUAUCUCACCACGAUAUUCUCCGGAUAUUGACCGACCAUCUGACCUGCAGUCAUCGAUUGUUGAUUGCAUGAGAACACUCUGUGCAGAUAAAGAAGAUUCUCAAUCAGAAAUCAUCGCAUGUCUUGCAGACUUCGCCGACUCUGCGUUGACGAGAUGGUCACCAGGGAGCGAUUCGAGGAAACCGACGUACGUUGCCUUCUCCAAAAGUACAGUGGACCUCUUGAACUGGUAUAUCACCGAAUAUGGCAUAAAGAGGGAUAUAGUUGGCAAUGGCUCUCUAGCAGCUGUUCUCGAGCAUCUCGCCAACCCAAUCCUGCAAAGAUAUGAAUGGCCUGGAAAGGAUCGCGAGCCGAUGCUGUGGCAAAAGUCGACAACAACAGCCCUAAACACCCUUCAAGUAGCCAUUCCCUAUGUCGAAGAACAGUACGAGAAGUCAAAUCAGCCAGAAAUCUCCCGCUUCUGGAAAUGUGUUGUGGACAUCGUAAAUGGCCUAGUCUCGGCCAGGGGUUACCGAACCGUUCCUAUUCCUAGGGAAACGAUAUUUGCAGACGAAUCCUUCGAUAUCGCCUCCUUCAACAGACUGAAAGCCUUCAUCAUCCCAGCUCUCGGGGCAUCUACCAUCCCAGACACCAUCCGACAGGAUUUCGCACGUGCAUUAUUGGGUUCUUCCUUCAUCUACUUGCCUCAACGAUUUGAUCUCCCGGAGAAAGGCCUGGAAGACGACCCUCUCAAAGGGUUAUAUGAGGUCCGUCCCGGAAGGACGUUCGACCCCCCACCGACUUCGCGAACCAAAAUGGCGUAUGCCGUAACCGACACAUUGUUUGAACUGGCAUCGGCUCCCUCGAAAGAAGACUCGACACGCGCUUCGUCACGCAUUGCACUCGCUCGUUCCAUCACCCCUUAUCUGAUCCUCCGCUGUGCCGUAUCCCUGAAGGGCUAUGUUGCAGACCAACCCCUGCGCGGACUCAUGCCUCAGCCCACACCUGCGCGAAAGGUGCUUUUGCACCUCCUCACGGGAAUGGUGCGUCUGCGAAGCGAACCUUCGGCCAUCCCUUCCCCGCCAGUGGGCAUGAGUACAGCGAUGCUGGUUAAGGAAUCGACUCCUUCUACCGAGCAGAAUUAUAAAAAGCAUCUCGAAUGGAUAUACCCGCUUGUUGUGCGGGCUGUGCAGGUAGCGGGGAGGGAAAGAGACGAUGGAGAAGUGCUCGAGGCUCUCGGGAAGGUGUUGCAUGAGGUCGGAGGCUUUUAA